AUGGGUAAUUGCUUCAAUUAAGACGAGAAUGCCAAAACAUCAAUUAAAUCAUUAAAGAAAGUAGAUUAGAUGUAGUCUCACUCCAUAUAAGACUUAGAUACUAAGAAAGUCACUUUAAAAGACUUUUUAGGUUUAGGUUAGAUAGGAAAGGUUAGAAUAUAUAAAUUUAUUUAGGGUUAAUUUGGAAAGGUCUUAAAAGUUAAAAUGAAGAACAAUAACUAAGAAUAUGCUAUGAAAGUUAUUAAAAAAUCAGAUAUCAUUUAAUAUGGAUUGGUUGAAUAUACUAUGCUUGAAAAGAACGUUUUGAUUCGAAGCAAUAACCCAUUUGUUGUUAAACUAAAAUAUUCAUUCUAAACAGAUUAGAAGUUAUAUCUUGUUAUGGAGUAUUUAUAAAAAAUUGAAAUUUUAGAUUAGUCAAUGGAGGCUAGCUCACAAAACUUUUGGGCAAAUAGCGUGAUAAACGAUUCACAUAAAUUUAAGCUUAGUUUUGUGCAGCAGAAAUAGUUCUUGGAUUAUAAUACAUACAUGAAACUUUGAAGGUCAUAUACAGAGAUUUGAAACCAGAUAAUAUUUUAGUUACUUCUGAUGGUCACUUGAAAUUAACCGAUUUCGGAUUAUCAAAGUAAUAUGAUGUUUAGGAGACAAAAUUCUUUACUGUAAAUACUAGAUUUAUUUAUAAGGCUAGUUUGUUGGAACACCUGAGUACAUAGCUCCUGAAAUUUUGUUGAAAUCUGGUCACAAUUCAAUGGUAGAUUGGUGGAGUCUAGGAAUAUUAUUAUAUGAAAUGCUAGUAGGAUAUACUCCAUUUAGAGAUAGAUAAAAUAAUUUAAGGGUAAUAGAGAAUAAAAUCAUUUAAAACGGAUUAAUAUUUCCUGAUUUCAUAUCCACUGAAGCCAAGGAUAUUAUUUCGCAAUUAUUAAAUAAGGAUCCCAAUUAACGCUUAGGUAAUUUAAUUGUAACACAAUUAGGUAGCAGAUCCAUAGAUUAAAUAAAGAACCAUUUAUUUUUUUCUUAGAUCAAUUGGGAUGAUAUUUAUAAUUUAAGGAUAAAAUCUCCAAUUUUAGAUGGUGUUACUAAAAUCUUAGAAUAAUAACAAUCAGAGAAUAAAUUGAUUCCAAAAAAAAUAUUCGAAACUCCCCAAUCUUUAAUUGGAUAAACUGAGGGUUAGUUUGAAGGCUUUUCAGUUGAUCGUGAUGAAUUUUGAAAAAUAUAAACAGUUCUUAAAUAAUUCCUUAAUUUUUCAAAGCAUAAUCUAUCCUUUGCUUUGAAAUUAAAACUGAAUAAUUCUUAGUACUUCUGUACUAAUUUCAAAUAGAUAAUAAUAGGACAAAUUCGUAUANUCACUUUAAAAGACUUUUUAGGUUUAGGUUAGAUAGGAAAGGUUAGAAUAUAUAAAUUUAUUUAGGGUUAAUUUGGAAAGGUCUUAAAAGUUAAAAUGAAGAACAAUAACUAAGAAUAUGCUAUGAAAGUUAUUAAAAAAUCAGAUAUCAUUUAAUAUGGAUUGGUUGAAUAUACUAUGCUUGAAAAGAACGUUUUGAUUCGAAGCAAUAACCCAUUUGUUGUUAAACUAAAAUAUUCAUUCUAAACAGAUUAGAAGUUAUAUCUUGUUAUGGAGUAUUUAUAAAAAAUUGAAAUUUUAGAUUAGUCAAUGGAGGCUAGCUCACAAAACUUUUGGGCAAAUAGCGUGAUAAACGAUUCACAUAAAUUUAAGCUUAGUUUUGUGCAGCAGAAAUAGUUCUUGGAUUAUAAUACAUACAUGAAACUUUGAAGGUCAUAUACAGAGAUUUGAAACCAGAUAAUAUUUUAGUUACUUCUGAUGGUCACUUGAAAUUAACCGAUUUCGGAUUAUCAAAGUAAUAUGAUGUUUAGGAGACAAAAUUCUUUACUGUAAAUACUAGAUUUAUUUAUAAGGCUAGUUUGUUGGAACACCUGAGUACAUAGCUCCUGAAAUUUUGUUGAAAUCUGGUCACAAUUCAAUGGUAGAUUGGUGGAGUCUAGGAAUAUUAUUAUAUGAAAUGCUAGUAGGAUAUACUCCAUUUAGAGAUAGAUAAAAUAAUUUAAGGGUAAUAGAGAAUAAAAUCAUUUAAAACGGAUUAAUAUUUCCUGAUUUCAUAUCCACUGAAGCCAAGGAUAUUAUUUCGCAAUUAUUAAAUAAGGAUCCCAAUUAACGCUUAGGUAAUUUAAUUGUAACACAAUUAGGUAGCAGAUCCAUAGAUUAAAUAAAGAACCAUUUAUUUUUUUCUUAGAUCAAUUGGGAUGAUAUUUAUAAUUUAAGGAUAAAAUCUCCAAUUUUAGAUGGUGUUACUAAAAUCUUAGAAUAAUAACAAUCAGAGAAUAAAUUGAUUCCAAAAAAAAUAUUCGAAACUCCCCAAUCUUUAAUUGGAUAAACUGAGGGUUAGUUUGAAGGCUUUUCAGUUGAUCGUGAUGAAUUUUGA